AUGGGAAUCGCCCCCCGACAGGUCAAGUAUUGCUGGGAGUGCUACACCUUCUUUGAUGGAGAGAGCCUGGAAUUCGAAAGGCAUUGUGCAAGCCAUCUGGUAUCGAUGACUAGCCAGCAUUACGAGGUGAUGGUGUAUCGCCAUACCACACUCCGGGCCGGAUAUUGUAUCGAAUGCAUGUGGGAUGAUAAACGGGCCGCCGCCCGCAGAAUGAGGGCCUUUGAAAGAAGCACAGAGCUAAGAGAUCACUUGGAAGAGCAUAUUGAGCAAAAGUCAUGGCCGUCAGUUUGCUCCGAUCCCCUUUGCAACCAUGCCUCUACCAAUGAAUUGGAUUACCGUCGACACCUUCACGAUGUACACCAUUACAACAAAACCAUUUGUGUGCGAUCCAAGAAGGUCAGCAAGAAACGGUUGUCCUCGGUGCAGGACGAGGAGUCUACUCCAGACAGAGAUCAUUGUAUGCAGCUGAAACGCCCGCGCAAGCAAUGCAAGAAACCUUCCGUACCACCAUCUACUAGCACGAAAGAACUGAAGAUUACUUUCUGGGAACCUCCCGCAAUGUACCUGAAGGCUAUCUCGUCUAUCCCUGCUCAGGAGGAAGAUGAGGAUCAAGAGAGCCUUAAAGAAAUGGCUUGGCAAGCCGUCAAUCACUGCCAGAGCUUGAAUUUGCCUGGUGUAAGCCAAAAUAGCCAGACGGCUCGAUCGGCCACAUUUGGCACACCUGAUUUGACUGAUGGCUUGAGCAGCUGCUCAAGCCCUUCAACAACAAGCUCCACUUUCGGUGCGGUUCCCAUCGACCCACGGAUUCUAGAGACGCCGACUGCUCUCUUGCGCCAGUCGGUUGAGGAAACUGAACAGCCCUCUGCACGAAGCCCAGGGGUGUAUGUGGAAAGCAAUUAUGCUACUGAGCAGCUCAAGGGCAAUACUCCGCUUCAAGAGCUCUUCGCAGACCUAGCCCAAGGAGGUGUAGAUUCUCAAGGUGUGGCUAUACCAGAGACAGACAACAUAACCAUUGAACACGCUCCACUCUCUCCGAUUUCUCUGAACGCGAAGCCAGCACCAAGUUUAACGGACUAUGAGUUGAAGCCAAUAGACGAAGCGGAUUACACAACACAAAGCUCUUCAGACAUGCACGUUAUCAAAGGCAGGAUGGAGGAGGCCGUGGAGCUAACAGGGCCUAUGACAAGAGCUAAAGCUAAGGAGCUAGCGGCCAAGGCUUGUCAGAGAUCUACGGACCUCCAAACCUCAAGUCAGAAAGCUAAGCCUUACAGUCAAGAAGAGGACAAGUUACUGAAGACACUCAUGCGGAAGUUGGCGACUUUCGAAGCGGUGACGCCAGCCUUUCAAAAGCGAUUCCCUGGUCGGUCUGCGAUUUCGCUUCGGAAACGUUGGUCCGUCAUACGAUCGCCGUCGCGGCGGUCGACCCGAUUAAAGCCUCUGUGA